GUAGGGUAUGAGAUUAGGGGCCGAGGGAGGUAUGUAUAUACCCCACCUUUCCAACCCCCACCAGCGAAACUGCCCCGCCAUCAUUUCAUUUCUUCCUGUGACGUCUUUUUUUUCUCCCCCGAACCCUUGUUUCACUCUCUUCACGCAAACAUCCCUCACCUUAGUUGCCUACCUGCCUACCUGCCUAUUAUCAGACCAAGACCAGACAUCCGGGUCCUUUCUUCUAGAAGCUCUAGGUACAAACCGACUACUCCUGAUUCGCACAUUACAUACGCGACCUACCUUACCCUAGGUACCUACAUACAUAGGUUCGGUCCCUUGCUUAGCUUAGCGUAGCUAUCUAGGUACCUACCUACCUAAGGUAUAUCCGAAAAGGAAAAGAAGACCAAAAAAAGAAAAAAGAAAAAAGAAAAACCCGCGAUCAUGCCGCCCAAGGCAAUUAUAGCGCCCUCCAUCCUAUCGGCCGACUUCGCCCAGCUCGGGGCCGAAUGCGCGAGGACCAUGGAGCAGGGCGCCGACUGGCUUCACGUCGAUAUCAUGGACGGACACUUCGUGCCGAACAUAACCUUCGGGGCGCCGGUAGUAGCCAAGGUCCGGCGGCACGUCGAGCGGGCGGGGGAGCGGUUCGGGCGCGGGACGUUCGACUGCCACAUGAUGAUCGCGGAGCCCAAGAAGUGGGUGCGGGAGUUCCAGAAGGCCGGGUGCGACCUGUACUGCUUCCACUACGAGGCCGCCUUCUCCAGCGACGCCGAGACCCCCGACGGCAAAUCCGACCGCGCGACUAACCCCAGGGACCUCAUCCGCUAUAUCCACGACUGCGGCCUGCUCGCCGGCAUCGCCCUGAAACCGGCUACCGGCGUCGACGUCCUGACUGAGGUGCUGGAGAGCGAGGAUCCGAAGGAGCGUCCGGAUAUGGUCCUCGUCAUGACGGUCGAGCCCGGCUUCGGCGGCCAGAAGUUCAUGGCCUCGGAGCUGCCCAAGGUGCAAGCCCUGCGCCAGAAGUACCCGGACCUGAACAUCGAGGUCGACGGCGGCCUGGGGCCCGGCACCAUCGACCAGGCCGCCGACGCGGGCGCCAACGUCAUCGUCGCGGGGAGCGCCGUGUACGGGGCCAAGGACCCCGCCGAAGUCAUCUCGCUGCUGAGGACGAGCGUCGAUUCGAGGUCGGGAAGGCUGUGAGGUCAGGUGGAGGGAUAGAGUUGGGGUUGGGGUCGAAGUUGAGGUGGGGUGGGAUUUACAUAUGAGGUAGCGAUGGAUGUAUGUAUCUAGCAUGCGAGUUUACUUGGUGCGGCUUGGUAGUUGGGUAGUUGAGAGUGGGAGGGAUGUUGGUUGGUUCCCGGGGAUAGAAAGUAUAUAAACGCAAAAGAAAAAAAUGAGCAUAAGUAAAUACACUUAGGUUUCAGUAUUA